AUGACGCCUCUACGGUAUUUGGUUCCGGCCGCGCUCCGGUUGUCGGCACACGUGCUUGGCGCAAACCUGCUCGCUUCACACUACACUGGCAAGAUCUACUCGUUGCUUUACGGGAGCAAUGGCUCCUUGGCAGUCACAGGCUCGGCUACUGGUUGUGGAUUGCUGCCUGCUUGGUUGCACCUGGAUCCAGAGAGCAAGACGGUGUACUCGGUUGACGAGAGCUGGUAUGGGAGUGGGCUGCUGGCAUCGUAUACUGUUGACACCAACGGCGUUUUGACACAGACUGGCAGCCUCGCCACCAAGGGAGCCAGUGUCCAUGGCACGCCCUACGGCGGUGAGAAUGGUGCUUGUGACCCGUCUACACUUACGACAUACGAGCUUCCGCUCACGGAGGGCGCAUCGGUAUUGCAGAUGCUGCAGUUCAACAUGUCCGCGCCAGGCCCGAAUCCGCGACAGAACGCGCCACACCCGCAUUCGACGGUGUUGGACCCGACCGGGAAGUUCAUCGUCGUCCCAGACCUCGGCGCGGACCUGAUCCGCGUCUUCAGCAUCGACUCGGCGACCGGCAACCUGACAGCAUGCGCCCCCGGCGUAGCAGACCCAGGCGACGGCCCCCGCCACGCUGCCUGGUGGGCUCCCAGCGUCGACUCGACAGCCGGCCAGAUGCUGUACACCGUCAACGAGCUCGGCAACUCCGUCUCCGCCUGGGCAGUGUCCUACCCGGACGACGGCUGCCUCGCCCUCACCAAGCAGCAGACCCUCUCCACCUACGCCGCCGGCACCACACCCCCCGACGGCUCCAAGGCUGCCGAGGUGCACGUCGCGGGCGACUUCCUGUACGCGGCCAACCGCGCGGACCAGACGUUCGGCGCAGAGCAGGACUCGCUGGCGACGUACGCGAUCGACGCGGCCUCGGGGGCGAUAUCGUGGGUCGAGGCGACCAACGCGCACGCCUGGUUCCCUCGCACGUUCUCGAUCAACGCGGCGGGCGACCUGGUCGCCGUCGGAGGGCAGACGAGCAGUAAUGUGGCGAUCAUCAGUCGGAACCCGGCGACGGGCAGGCUGGGGGGCCUGGUGGCUAGUGUGUUGGUUGCGACGCCGGGGACGGAGCAGCAAGAGGACGGGCUUAGUGCUGUUAUUUGGGUUGAGUAG